AUGUUGUGCAGUCGAUCGAUAGCUCGAGGCAAUAUCACCGCCCGUCUAAUCAGACAGGGGAGGUGCUUCUAUUCCACUCCCAAGUUAAAUGAGUCCAACUUUGAUUUCUUCACCAAGGAAACUCGCUCUACCACAAACGACAACUUGAUCAAAUCAAGACAAGGUUAUUCAGCACACAGUGGAGAAACCAUACAUAAUACCAAAACCGUUACACGCUCUGAUAUCAUAGAUGACAAGCCUUCCCACUUUCGUAAUCUGGAUGGAUCGUUGAUCAAAGGAACGAAUUCUGAUGAGGCAAGAUUGCAUGAUCUGACUCUUGAAGGAAGAGUGGACCAUAGAGUUACCCGAUUGCCUAAGGAAAUCUCCAAGGUUAUCAACAAUAAUAUUUUGGGGCAUGUGGUUCCUAAUAAACUCAGAGAACGUGUUACUAGUAUAUAUAAGGAUAUGCAAAAGAAUUCGAUCCAACGAGCUCCAGUCAGUUCCUUGGAUGCAGAUGCUCACAUCAGUGCUUUCUUCCUUCAAGAUUACGCACAUGCAAGACAGGUGUUGUUGGAAUUACAGAAGAGAGUUGGUGAAGAAAAAUUCAACCCGCAAAGGGUCCUUUCAGUGGGGUAUGGACCUGCUGCAGGCAUGGUUGCCUUGAAUGAAAUCAUGGGGCCAGAUUGGAUACCUGAAACAAAAGAUGCUUAUAUUGUGGGAAGAAAUAACGGGGAGAUGAAGAAACGUGCAAAGAUUAUCUUGUCAAGGCAACCAAAUGAAAAUGUUUCUGCAAGUGAAGAGUCAGCUGCGGAACCAGAAGAACCAACAGAAACCAACGAACCUGAAAUCGAGUCUGAAGAAUUCGUUCUCGAAGAAUACAAGGGCCCAGUAGAUUCCACCAAGCUCAAUAUCCGAACCAAACUUAAAAAUACCAUUCCAGUCUCGAAACAGUAUGACCUUAUUAUAGUCAGCAGUUCACUUUUAUCGCGUGAAUUUAGUUUCCCUAAUGAUGUUGAUGCUAAUAUCCGUAUGCUUUUACGAGUUCUUGCUCCUAACGGACAUAUCGUCCUUGUAGAAAGAGGUAAUGCCGUUGGGUUUGAAACCAUUGCGCGUGCUCGACAAAUCAUGAUUAGACCGGAAGGCUAUCCUAAUGAAAAUGGUAAGAUUCCUCGUCCUUAUAUCCAUGGUUCUUCCGUCAAACCUCAACGAGUUAAGAAAGACGACGAGUUGAUAACUAAAGCAGAUAUUGAAUAUGAGAAAGAGCUAUUGGCCAAAUGGGAAAAGGAGGACCAAGAAUUAUUGGAAGAGGGACAGGAAUUAGCUAAGGAAUUGGAUGAAAAGUUUGGAGAAGUAACUGAAGAAGAAUUAAAGUUUGAAGAUGAAGAUGAUGUGGAAGUUAUUGAUCCUAACACUCAAACUGAAGCUAAGGAAGAAAAAAUGGACUAUCACUUGAGUAUUCUUGCUCCUUGUCCUCAUCAUCAAAAGUGUCCCUUGCAAAUGGGACACCCAAAGUACUACUCUAUUCCUAACCAUAGUCACAGAUUUAGCUUUUGUUCUUUUUCCAAGGUUGUUGAAAGACCGAAAUACACCAUGGAAUUAAAAAAGGGUAAGUUAUUGGCUACAUCUUGGGAUAAACGUGCCGACGAUGGAAUUGGUCAUGCUGACCGAGGAACAUUAAAGAGAUUGCAAGGUGGUGGUAGACCUGGUGGCCGUAACACCGAGGAUGGUUCUUAUUCAUAUUUGAUUGCCCAUAGAAGUCCAAACGACCCUGCUACUAUUGAAAAAAUUGAAAAAGAUCGUAAAUUUAAUGAUAAACAAGACUUUAAUAACGUUAAUCAUUGGGCUCGUAUUAUUGAAAGUCCAAAUAAGUUAAAAAGUAAUGUGAAGAUGUCAGUGUGUGCUUCUAGUGGGAAAAUUGAAACUUGGAAUGUUCCAAAGAGUUUGGGUAAGCAAGCAUACCAUGAUGCUAGAAAAUCUCAAGAAGGUGACUUGUGGGCAUUAGCCAAAAAGGGAGUACAAGUCAGAAACAUAGUUUCUGAUGAAGUUCGUGAGAAAUUGGAUUUGUUGUAUAAAGUCAACCGUAAGAAAUUCUUAAAGGAGCAACAUAGAAAAUCCUCGAAAAAGAAAACUGGAGUUGCAAUUGAACAAUUUGAACGUGAUUCAGAUGCCAUAGAAGCAGCAGUGCAGAAAUUGGAACUGACACAAAAGUAUAGAACCGGUGGGAAAAAGUUUGACGUUAACCCUGACAAAUAUGAAGGGAAGUAA